GAGGCCGGCCCGGGAGGAGCCGGCCGCGGCCGAGGAACAGAAGGAGCCGGGCAGGGAUGGGGAGAGGAAAGAGCCGUCGGACAAGGAUCAAAGCAAGCCCAAGAAGGAGGAACCGGAGGAGGAGGAGGCCGACAUGAAAGCCGUCUCCACCUCGCCCGACGGCCGCUUCCUAAAGUUUGACAUCGAGCUGGGCAGGGGGUCCUUCAAAACGGUCUACAAGGGGCUGGACACGGAGACCUGGGUGGAGGUCGCCUGGUGUGAACUUCAGGACAGAAAAUUGACAAAAAUAGAAAGACAAAGAUUUAAGGAGGAAGCAGAAAUGUUGAAAGGUCUUCAGCAUCCAAAUAUUGUUAGAUUUUACGACUUUUGGGAAUCCUGUGUAAAAGGAAAAAAAUGUAUUGUAUUGGUUACUGAAUUGAUGACCUCUGGAACGCUAAAAACGUAUCUGAAAAGAUUCAAAGUGAUGAAACCAAAAGUUCUUCGUAGCUGGUGCCGACAAAUCCUGAAAGGUCUACUUUUCUUGCACACAAGAACACCACCAAUCAUUCACAGAGACCUAAAAUGCGACAAUAUUUUUAUUACGGGACCGACUGGGUCUGUGAAAAUAGGAGACUUAGGUCUGGCAACCCUCAAAAGAGCUUCAUUUGCCAAAAGUGUAAUAGGCACUCCAGAAUUUAUGGCCCCAGAAAUGUAUGAAGAACACUAUGAUGAAUCAGUUGACGUAUAUGCUUUUGGAAUGUGCAUGUUGGAAAUGGCUACCUCAGAAUACCCCUACUCAGAAUGCCAGAAUGCUGCUCAGAUUUACCGGAAAGUGACCUGUGGUGUCAAGCCAGCAAGUUUUGAGAAAGUUACAGAUCCUGAAAUUAAGGAGAUAAUUGGGGAGUGCAUUUGCAAAAAUAAAGAAGAAAGAUAUGAAAUUAAAGACUUAUUAAGCCAUGCCUUUUUUGCUGAAGAUACUGGGGUAAGAGUGGAACUUGCAGAAGAAGACCAUGGUAGGAAAUCCUCUAUUGCCUUAAGACUCUGGGUAGAAGAUCCUAAGAAACUGAAAGGAAAACCCAAAGAUAAUGGAGCCAUUGAGUUUACUUUUGAUCUGGAGAAGGAAACUCCUGAUGAUGUUGCACAAGAAAUGGUUGAAUCUGGAUUUUUUCAUGAAAAUGAUGUCAAGAUAGUUGCAAAGUCAAUACGCGACAGAGUAGCAUUAAUACAGUGGAGAAGAGAGAGAAUUUGGCCUAUAAUACAAUCAGAGGACCGUCAAGUUUCUGAAUGCUUGGAGAAACUGAAAGUACCACAAGCACAACAGGUUCAAGUAACGUACCUUUCCCACACUGGUCAACAAACUUUGUCAGAGAUAGAGGAGCCAGAAGCUGACCAGCAUUUAUUUCAGCAUAACCUCCCCACCAGCGUCACAUCUGUUGCAUCUGACAGCACAUUUGACAGCGGUCAGGGGUCCACAGUUUAUUCAGACUCCCAGAGCAGCCAGCAAAGUGUCAUCUACUCAUCUCUGCCUGAUUCCAUACCUCCUGCUAUUCAACGGGUUUACAGUCCACCUCUAAGCGAGAGCCAGGCUUUGCCUCAAAGCCUUCAGCAGCUGGGUCACUACCAGCAGCCUUCAGGACCUGGACUACCAGUGGUUCAGGCUACACCUGCUGUUGUCUCUCAGCGACCACAACAUUACCAAGAGCCAGCAAUGACAUUCCCAGUAAUACAGCCAAUCACAGGUGCUUCAUUGCAGAUGGGGCCAUCUCAGCCUGUGUUAGCCAGCCAGCAGCAGUCUAUGCCACAGCAAGCUCCUCUACCGCAGGUUCUAGCCAGCCAGCCAGUUUGUGCAGUACAGCCUGCCGCCCAUGUGCUGCCCCAGUAUCAAACCCAGCCUUCUCAGGUGGCAGCUACCAGUACACCGCUCACACCAUUACAGAUUUCCACUGUGCAGCAGCUUCCUCAUGUCCCAUCCUCCCAGAUCAUUGGACAUCCUUCAUAUGGUUUGGAAAUUGGACCCCAGGUGCCUGUAAUACCAGUGCAGCCUUCAAUUGUUAUGCCACCACCUUUGCAGUUGCAGCCUGAAAUAUUGCCUCCCUGCCUCGGGCCAGAAAAUCUUUCACAACUUCAUGGCAACCUUGCUGCAGCGAGUGCCACAAUGCCCAUAGAUUAUGGCCUGCCUCUUCAGCCUAUUGGUCUUCUACAGCUUCAACCAGAUCUUUCCCAGCCUCUGGGGCAGCAGGCUCCAUAUUCUGCUAUCCAGUCGGUUACAGAAUCAACUCAAGAGGAGCAUGCAAUACAGGAAAAACAGCAGACACUAACACUGAGCUCUGAAAGUUACAUGAGUCCCGACAUAGCUUCAGGCAAAGACAUGAGCGACAGCUUUGAAGGAGCGAUUGGUAGUGGAAAGCAAGAAGGGAAGCCUUCAAAGAAACAUAAGAAAUCUACACGCAUUCGAUCACGCCAGGAGAAGUCAAGCAGACCAAAGCUGACCAUUCUAAAUGUAUGUAACACAGGGGAUAAGAUGGUGGAAUGUCAGCUGGAAACACACAAUCACAAAAUGGUGACUUUUAAAUUUGAUUUAGAUGGUGAUGCGCCGGAAGAAAUUGCUAUUUACAUGGUAGACAAUGAAUUCAUAUUGCAGACUGAGAAAGAGACAUUCAUUGAACAAAUGAAGGAUAUUAUAGAUAAAGCAGAAGAUAUGCUCAGUGAAGAUACUGAAGGAGAACGAAGUUCUGAUCAGGGAACAAGUCCCCAGCAAGAUGCCUAUAGACUAGAUAUGAAUGAAGAGAAUCGGCAAUCUCAAGUGAAAACCCCCAUGUAUCAACAGAAUGUUUUACACACUGGAAAACGAUGGUUUAUUAUAUGCCCUGUUGUGGAAAACGAGACUGAGGAAGCACCAGAAUUCCCCCCAGCAGUUCCUCAGAGUAAACAACCUGAAGGUCCAGAGCCGGAACAGUCGGAAGAUCAGCAAAUGAGCUCUGCAAUGACAGACACACCUAGUGUCUUGUUUUGUCACCAGCUUCCUAGUCAAGCAAGCAUAUACGACAGCCCCUGUGGAACGCCAGGUCCUUUGGCACAAGCUCCCACCGCAGCAUCUUCAGCUGUUUUGCAAACUAAACCAGAAAUUUUAGCUGCAACACUACCGGGAUCUGCUCCAUAUGUCCCAGAACAGUUUGUUGCUAAUGUAGGUCAACCGGAAUAUCCUCCACUACAGCUGGUCAUACCCAGUCAGCCUGACACUUGUGCCCACAAUGCAGCUUCACUAGAGGAGCCUUCUGAUGCUCAGCUUGUUCCAAAACCCUCCCUGCGAACGCUACAGCAGGUGGAUGAAGGUGCUGGUGUUCCCGACGUGGAAAUCUCAUGCUAUACUGUCAGGCCAGCCAGCUCGAUUCUGACCGUUCCUGCACAAGAAGCAGAAUUCGGUCCCGUUCCUGCUCCCUCCGAUAUGGUUUUGGAGCUCCAGCCUGCACCACAAAUCCCCCAUGUGUCAGAGGCCAGUCUGGCUGGUGUCACGCAGCAUUCUUUGGGGACCCAGCUGCUUCCUCUAACUGUUGUGUCUGAUUCCCUAACUCUGACAGGCUCUCAGCUUCAAAGUCCUCCCCAGCUCUCAGUUGCUGGGUCCCAGCAACAUAUAAUGCUGACCCAGUCUCAGCCGGUCACCUGCACUGGCCUUGGCAUUGGUCUGCUGCAGCAGCCUUGUGCGGUCGAGUCAGAUGGAGAAGGGCCACCCAGAGUGGAUUUUGCUGACAACACAAUAAAAAGCCUUGAUGAGAAACUGCGCAAUUUACUGUACCAAGAGUGUGUUCCUACAUCUUCUGCAUCAGCAGGGACUCCAGACAGCUUCGUACCUUUAGAGCAGGGUGACAGUGAGGUUGCUAGCUUACCUCCUUUUAAUGAAGAACCAAUUCCCACGCUUGUAUUGGAUGUAAGAGAACCGGGCCUUAAUGUUCCAGAUGUCUGUCAGGAAGUUAAUGCUGCUCAGGAUCAGUUUGUGUCACAUGUCCCUUCUGAAAUGCCACCAUAUGUAUUGGUUAGUCAGACUAUGACUGUGCCUCUUCCAUCCCUAAAGCCAGCAGCCACAGACGCUUCUGCCAUGCUGAAUAAUGCUACAGCCGCUGGCCACAGCAGAACAGAGUCUAGCCUCAGAGAGCCAAUGUUGGAAAAGUCCGAAACGACCAGCGUCAGUGUCAGCUCGUCAGAGGCAAGAGGUUCAGCUGCAAACAUUUCUUCAACUUCUGCUGUUACAACAAAAGGUCUUUUUCAGGUUGCUCCUGCAACAUCAACCAUUGCUAAGCAAAUGGAAACUUCUAAAAGGACUGAGGAGGCAAAGAUCAAAACUUCAUCUGCACCUAAAGAGAACUUAAUACAAACUUCUACAACAGAUAGGGAGAUAAAUGACCUUCAAAGGAACAACUUUGUAGAUACUAGUUCCUAUGGAAAACAGCCUGAAGUGCAGGAUAAUAGUACACCAGCCAAAACUAUUGGCAGGUUUUCAGUGAUCAGUACCCAUGAUGAAUUAACUUUAACAUCUCCACAUUGCAUAAGGUACUCUGCACCACCCGAUGUAUAUUUGGAUGAGCUUCCCUCAAGCCCGGACCUGAAGACAUCGGUACGGCGAGUGCAAACAACAUCUUUUCUUGAUGCCCUUUCUGACCAUGGUUCCAGUGACUCUGGUGACGAGUCUCUCCGAAGGAAGUGUGUGGCUGUUCAGCCAUCCCCGCAGAGCAGCAGUGCAGACAUCGCAAAAAAGGCCACUUAUCUUCUGCAAAGAUCAGGAAAGACUAGUUCCCCAGGCCCUGACUCACCUAAUGGUCAGGGAACAAAAAUUCCCACUAUCAAUAUAACAUCCUUCCACUCGCAGUCAUCCUACAUGAGCAGUGAUAAUGACUCAGAAUUUGAAGAUGCAGAUAUGAAGAAAGAACUGCAGAACCUGAGAGAGAAGCACAUGAAAGAAAUUGCUGAACUGCAGAGUCAACAGAAGAAUGAAAUAGAGGCUUUGUACAUCCGUCUGGGCAAACCACUGCCUCCCAACGUGGGUUUUCUUCACUCUGCCCCACCAAGUGGCCGACGGCGGAGAACCAGCAAAAAUAAAUUAAAAACUGGGAAACUAUUGAAUCCUCUGGUUCACCAGCUCAAAACGGGACCUUCUAACACAAGUAAUCUGUCAGACUGCAAAGAAUCUUCCCCCAGUCAAACAACUAACGUUCUUGCUGGUUCAACUGAAGCAGCAGCAGUAACUUCCUCCACUUCAGCCACAUUUGGAAAGUCAGUUCAGACACAGCAACCCUGCUCAGUCAAAGCCUCUUUGUCUUCUGACAUCUGCUCCGGCUUAGCCACCGAAGGAGGCAAUGCGCAUGGAAGUUCUGGCCAAGGCUGGACGGUUUUCCACCAAACGUCUGAGAGAGUGACCUAUAAAUCUAGUAGCAAACCUCGUACCAGAUUCCUCAGUGGACCUGUGUCUUUGUCCAUCUGGUCCACCCUGAAACGACUAUGUCUAGGCAAAGAUCACAGUAGUAGAUCCUCCACAAACAGUCUUGUAACGUGUCCUGAGCCUCUACCGCCGCCAACUCUGCAGGUCCAGGUGCAAGCUAACAACAGUAACAACAAGAAAGGAACAUUCACAGACGAUCUUCACAAACUGGUGGAUCAGUGGACAAGCAAAACUGUUGGUGCAGCACAGUCAAAACCUUCUUUGAACCAACUGAAGCAGAACCAAAAAAGGCAAGACAUGGAGCCAAAGGCUAAUUCCACGCAGACACAGAAUGAGACAUGUGGAGUUAAUUCAGUCAGAACAGGAGUGGGGAAAAAGUGCAUUGUUCCAGUGUCUUGUCCUAUGUCAGCCACGUUAACUUCUGGAAUUUCGCCAUCCAUGCCAGUGCCUAUGCCAGAAUCUGCAUCUUCACCUUUCAGUCAAAAGGCACACGGUAACCCACUAAAACUGACUUUUGUGGAUGGUAAGUUUCAUUUUAAUAGAAUGCACUAAGGGAAAUCAUUAUGGGCACCGGUAACAAAGCAUUACAUGGUCAAACUUGAAGGCACACUGCUCUAGAUUUCUUUACUGCAAUGACAUUUUAUUCUACCUGCUGAAGGGUGGAGAUGUCUUGUGCUGCCAAGCUGUGAAUUGUAUAGUUCUGUUGUACUUUGAACAUUAUAACUGUCUACAUUAUUUGAUUGGUACCCUUUAAAUAUAUUAUUCCAUCAAUUCAGUUAGAAUUGAAUUUUAUAGACAAUUAUGCAGAGUCUUCUGCCUGGGCAAAAUACUUACUGUAGUAAGAGAUUUCUGUUCUCUGUAACAUGUAUCCUUAAUUUAUUUCUUUAGAUUCAUGUCUGUAUGCUUCCUGAGCAAAUAUGGAAAAUAUGUUCUCACAUCAUUUCUCCUUCAGCUUGCACUGGAUCUUACAGUUUGUUGCUAUUGCCUGAUGUAUAGUCCACCCCUUGUAUACUGACAAAGUCAGUGGCACUAAAAACCCCAAGAGAUUGUAUAUAUUACAAAAAAUAAACAUUUUGUGCUUGAAAACUGCGUGAAAACUUAGUGUUUUCCUGAAACCUUGAAACGUGUUGUUCUCUAUUGGCACUAGACAACUCUCCUCCACCUGCCCGCCCAAGCCAUCUCUCCUUUUCUUGCUUUUAAGAGGCUAAUGCCGCCUUUCCCAAUUUUGGCAGCUGCC